AUGGAUAGUGGUUAUAUCGCACCCGGCGAAAGUCACGUACAAGCGUUGGAGGACGAUUACGAUGUGCGACAGGCCUUGACACCAGAGCAGGUUAUAGGGUUGAUGGAUCAACUUCUUUGCCAUGAAGAAGAAGACUUUGUCUCCCAAUUGUACAAUCGCAACCUGCUGUCAGGAUUUGACCCUUCACACUUCUUUCGCCUGCUGGAUCAGGCGGUAGAGUGGGUGGAUGCCCAAGAAACGAUAGAUCAGAAGCUUCGAGAUGCCAUUCGAUGCAGAUUGCUGUUUCGGCAUGAGUUCCUCAGUGCGCUUGAUGAAGACCUCGAAGUUCUUGACACCAGGUCAACAGACAAUUUCGUGUCAUGCCUAUCGACCUUGAGUGGCAUUACAGAAACUGUUGCUCUUGGCACACCUGUACCAGAGGCAUUUAGCCUAAAAAUCCAACGGAAGCUGGCCAGCACGGUGCCGCCUCGUCCUAUUGUUCAAAUUAGCCCCGAGGAUGCACUUGCUCAUCUCAAACGACUUUGCCAAGAUGCGAUCGAUAUGCAGGAGAUGCUGGACUAUAGGGGACCGAGCAACUUCAAGACCGCAAUUUGGAGUCUGCUCUCCCGGAAACCCCAACCGUCUGUUUACAUUCGUUGUCUCCUUCAAGCCCUGAUUGUGAGCGACAUGACCAUCCUGGGCGCGGUCCCAGUCAAGAAAUUUCUGUAUGACGAUCUGGCGGAGCUGGUCUUGCCAUCCAGUGUGUUACUCCAAGCGAACACCGACGAAGUAGAAUUGCCGUCCGACCCUCGGUUCCAGAUUGCCCAAAAGAUGGAAGGGUUUGUGAAACGAUUUUCCCAGGCCGAGGAGCUGGAUCUGGAUCUGCAACGAUUGAGCGACGAGCCCCCGUUGCAAAUGAAAGGAGGUGAAACCACAUUCUCUUUCCCACUCAGCAGCUGGGCCUACCACCAAAAACUCAUUCAGAUCCGACGUAUCAUCCAGAUGGGCUUUGAACUGUCGAUCUACGCACCCGAGGAAUCGGCGGGGAUGUAUUGGUACCUGUCGUACAUCUGUUCCACCCACCUCGGCCAUCUCGACCGCAUCCGUACCUUCACUGUCGCGGCGCGCAAACGAGAUCUCAUUUCCGCCGGUGAUCGCUCGGCCGACUCGCAAAAGUCAGCGGCCUUCCACCGCUCGUUCCGAACCCUGGAGAGAAUGACCACCCAGCUAAUAGCAGUCGAUGCAUUUGCAAUCGCUCUGCACGCUCUAUACGUGCUUCUCACGCGACAUGGGGUACUUCCUUGCGCUGCGGGUGCGGACGCUUACUCUACCGAUCGACUACGCUAUGAACUGCGCAUGAAACCGUUUAUCCCAAUCUCUCUUCCGGAGCUGGUUCCUUUUGAGGAGUUCCAACGGGAGUCGGCGCUAGAAGGCGAUUCCGAUGCGAUCAUUCUGGAUCGCGCUAGCCAGGCGAUUACGGAAGCUCGGAAGGCGUGGGAUGUGUUGCUUUCUCAGGGAGCUUUCCUCGAGGAGGCUGGGUCUGGGUCUGGGACUGGGUCUGGCGCUGGUAAAGAACCGCCUAGCGCAAUUGAGGAGGACUGGAAGCGGGAUGUCAAGGAUGCGAUGCGGGCGUGCAUUGGAGCGAGCAUUUCGAUUGAAACGGUUCGGAAGGCGCUAGGGAGCAAUCGGUCGCCGACGGCCCAGCAACCGUUGAACCUUGAGGUGACGAUCCCUGAGAUCGGCAGUAAAUCGCGAUGGCAUGAGUGGUGGGUUGUGCCGCAAGUGAGCGAGAAGAAGAGCCAGUGA